AUGUCUUCAAGUAGUACUACCAGCAAUUCUUCAAAGAAUGACGCGAAAGUGAAUUUUGAAUAUUUGUGGAAAGAAUUUGUGUUUAAAUCGGUAAAUUUAAUAUUGAAUCACCGUAUAAAUUGGCCUAUAGAUCGGGUGAAGGAUGAAAAAACAACAUCAUGGUUUCAAAUUAAAUUACAAGAAACGGAAGAGGUGAACAAAGAUUUGGAGAAGCUGUUCAAGGCCUUCUCGCCAAAAUCAACGCAUAAAACUAUAUUUAUUGAUAUAUAUGCCGAAGAAACGCCAACAAGCCCAAACGAAAAGGGAAAAAAACAUUUAAUGGAGAGAUGGUGUAUUGAAUAUAUGGAUAAAUCAAAAGAAGCCACACUCACCGAAAAGCAACAAGAAGAAUUGAAUUAUCAAGUUCGUGUGGCAUACAGAAAAUUCAUUGUACUAUUCCGAUCUCUAUUUUCAUAUAUUCUGUUAUUACCGGCGUAUUCUAUCUACCAAAAGUUACAAAAACAUAGAACUGGAAUGGGAUACACUUUAGGCUUCGUAUUGUCUCCUGUUGAACCAACUUCACCUAUCGAGCCAACUUAUUUGCGAAGUGUUGAUUUUCAUUCUAUUGAAGCCACUUCAAUGUGCAAACUCAAAGUUAGUGUAAAAUACAGAAAACAAAAAUUUUCAGAGCUCUUAACUGUCAACGAUCAUUCAGUAUUAAGAGAAAGUCAAAUUGACGUGGAUUACUUUUCUGAUAACAAAAAUGAACAACCAAUGAAUGAGGAUCAAAAGAAAAAGAGGACAUUAUCAGUUCAUUAUAGUGAACCAAUUUCUAGUAAUUUAGAAAAUCCUAUUGAACCAUCAUCUCUUAAAGAGGAAAUUAUUCCUACUCUUGAUCUUGAUCGAAAAAGGGAGAGAGCUAUGAGCGUGCCACCCAAAAAAAAGGAUCAACAAAAUGUCAAUAAUGAAGAUAUUCCAAACAGCAGUCAAUCUCUCAGCAAACCUGUAAAUAUUCCACUCACCUUUGAACGCCACAAACUUCCAAGCAAAUUUCUGCCAACAGAAACGCCUCCAUUCUCUCAUGCCUUUUUUCCCUUGGAUCAUCUCCUGCCUCAUUACCUCGUCAAAACAGUGUAA